AUGGUGGCCAACCAUAUGAUCCAUCAAAUUUUGGUGAAUAAUGGAAGUUCAGCCGAUGUCCUGUAUUGGCCGGUCUUUAAGCAAAUGGGUAUUGAUCGCGAUAGGAUCAAACCAUUUAGCUCUCCUCUGGUCGGAUUCGCAGGGGAGCAAGUCCAGCCAAUUGGCAUUAUUUCACUCCCUGUAACAGUAGGGACGACACUUAAGCAGAAGACUAUAAUGGUAGAUUUCUUGGUUAUUGACCGACCAGGUGCCUACAAUGCCAUCAUCGGUCGACCUGCUUUGAAUAAGUUGAAGGUCGUGACUUCAACGUACCACUUGAUGAUGAAGUUCCCGACAGAAGAAGGAGUCGGAGAAGUGAAGGGGGAUCAAACUCAAACGAGAAGGUGUUACAAUACGUCUCUCAAGAAGGUCUCGGAUCCGACUCCUAUUGUAAUUGGUACAGUAAGUGGUAAAAGCAGAAAUGAGCCAAAGGGAGAGCCAGUCGAGCCACUGGAAGAUGUGGAAGUUGAUGAAGGAAUUGAUCCUAAAGGCAUUCUCCACCAACUCAAUGUGGAUUCAAGUGUGAAGCCGGUGAAACAAAAGAGAAGAAAGUUCGCUCCUAAACGGAAUAUGGCUAUAGCAGAAGAAGUAGAGAAACUUCUCAAGGCUCAUUUCAUCGAGGAAGUUUAUUAUCCCGAUUGA